AGAAUGUCAAACAAAGAGAGAGUGGCUGGCUGCUUGUCGUAGCGAGGGAAUAGAGGAUUUUACCAUCCGUGUUAAUUUCCCACAGCAAACACAGCAGUCAGCCAGUGUGGAAACAACAGCCCUUACCUGCUCUCUCUGGUCGCACUGACAGUGGAAAGAACAGCUAACUGCUGACACUUUGAGUCAACCAGAGGCUCAGCACGUUCUGUCAGGGUGGAGGGAUGUUUGACACGCUGUAUGAGUGGUUCUGGUGGGACAGAAUCUGGCUGCCUGUGAACCUGACGUGGGCUGACCUGGAGGACAGGGAGGGCCGGGUCUAUGCAAAAGCCUCACAUCUCUAUGUCACUGUCCCCUAUGCCUUUGCCUUCUUACUCAUCAGAUACCUGUUUGAAAGGUGGAUAGCAACACCCCUGGCAGUCUCUGCUGGUAUAAAGCGGAGAGUCCAUCUGAAAGCAGAGCAUAACCCCAUCCUGGAAGUCUACUAUACGACUCACUAUAGAAAUCCUGCUCAGGCAGACAUUGACGGGCUGUCAAAGAAAAGCACUUUGUCUGUGAGACAAGUUGAGCGCUGGUUCAGGAGGAGACGCAGUCAGGAUCGUCCUGGAGUCCUGAAGAAGUUCAGAGAGGCCAGCUGGAGGUUUGUCUUUUACCUGUUGGCCUUCAUCGGAGGAAUAGUAGCUUUGUACGAUAAAGAAUGGUUUUAUGACACCCGGGAGGUAUGGACAGGUUUUCCAAAGCAGACCAUGUUGGAGUCUCAGUACUGGUAUUAUAUCUUGGAAAUGAGCUUCUAUGGCUCUCUUCUCUUCAGCGUUGCCUUUGAUGUCAAGAGAAAGGACUUUAAGGAGCAAAUCAUCCACCACCUGGCCACGCUGGUCCUGUUAUCAUUUUCCUGGUGUGUCAACUACAUUCGUAUAGGAACGCUGGUCAUGCUGGUCCACGAUGCCUCCGAUGUUUUGCUGGAGUCUGCCAAAUUAUUCAACUAUGCCAAAUGGGAGAAAACCUGCAAAACUCUUUUUGUUCUGUUUGCCAUAGUGUUUAUGGUAACACGACUGAUCAUCUACCCAUUCUGGCUGAUCCACUGUACAUGGGUCUACCCUGUUCACCACUACCCUGCCUUCUUCGGCUACUACUUCUUCAACGUGAUGUUGAUGGUCCUUCUCUGUCUGCACAUAUUCUGGGCCUACCUCAUUCUAUGCAUGAUCCGAAAGUUUCUGAUUGGCUCUCUGACCAGAGAUGAGAGAAGUGAUAAUGAAGAGGAAGAGGAGGAAGAUAGCAGCUUGUCAGAGGAUGAAGGCCAGGAACAGCACAAGGUUGGCAAUGGAUUGACAGUUGAUCAGAAGGAGGGCAAGAAAUCCUGCUUUGGAUGCUUGUCUCCACCAGAGAACAUCUGCCAGUCAAAGACUGUGUACUGACCUGUGCUCAGUAUGAUUCUGUCUGAGUGGAGGAUGUGAGAAUAGAACAACGGUGAAUACAUUUCUUCCGAUAUGGACCAAAAGUUAGCAAAAUAUGUGAUUUAUUACUUCAGAUGCUGGAAAACAGCCUAGCCCAAAUAAGCCUCACUGUUCUCACAGUGCUUUGAACUGCACACAUGCUCAAGGAGAGGAGAUGUUUUUGGCUGCGCUCCCCUCCACAGUGUUGUCAGUGGCAGCGAUCACUGAACUCAAAGAGUCAAAGAGACCAGGAAACCAAACAAGCAAACAAAGCAUGAACCCUGCUGUGCUUAUCAUCACGUCUAAUUUGUUCCAUGUUUCUUGUGAGGUGCAGAGCUGGUGCACUGUGGAACGUUCUUCCAGCCACUUCACCUCACUGUUUCAUCCAUCAAGUCGUGCUGGCCUCUGUUGGCUCACACCACUUAUUUAUGGUCACAGAGAGAUGAAUGAAAUUCAGUAACACUGUUACUGACUGUUAGGGGUCUACCAACUUCUUUAGGUUCUUAGGGCUGAAGACUGGAAGCAGGGAGAAUUUUUUUGUAUACUUUCUGGAGGUAUCAUUGAUGUUCAUGCCUAAAUUUAAACUAUGCAUAAAAAAGUAAAAGAUAGGAAGAUACUUGUUGCUAGCUUGUUUAGCUUUAUAGUUAGCUAAAUAUCACCAUCACUCUUUCCAUUUUCACAUGUAGAGCGCCGAUGUGAGACCGGAGCUUGUGAAUUGUGAUACAGAUGUAAUAAAAAAAUCAUUCAGAAUGCAGCCCUGCUGUGUGUGAUCCAUUUAGAUAAGGACAAUAGCUUUUUGAAAAAGAAUCUAAUAUUGUUGUUUAUUUUAUGUUUCUGUUUCUUAGCAGCCUUUGAUACAGAGAUGUUCAGUACAUGUUUGAACAAAUCUCAAUCAACAGACCUUUUAACAGAACUGACUACAAUGAAUCAGCAUUGUCACUGAUUGUGUGUGACGUUGUCAGCACAGCAGUGAUUCACAGUAUGUUACUUCCUCGUUAAAAGCUUAUUAAAAGACCACCGAUGACUGAGACAAUCCUAAUUGGAUACUUGCAGUAAAUAAUAGGUUGCUGAGCUAUUAACCAUGUAUAGGCUAGUUUUGUACUGUAUUGAAAAUGACAGCUUGGACCACAAACAGACUGAAGUGCCACUGAACAGCAGACAGUCUCAGUCAGCACUGAAUGUCACAGCUGUAUGAGUGUACUCUCUCUGUUGUAUCGACUGCAGUGCAUUUGGACGGUGAAGAGGUCACCUCCUGCCGUAUGCACUGAUGUGCAUUUAAACGUCGAACACCGUCAUAUCAGAAGAGGCUUCUAUGCGUCGUUCUAGAGAGUGUGGACAAGAAGUUUUCUUUUAGAACGUUUCAUUUGGAGGACUUGUUGAAACUGACUGCUGUGAUGAGCUCAACAUCACAGAUCUUUGAUAAUACCUGUUGUGAGUUUGAAAGGUGUAUCACCUUUACUGUACGGUCACUAGAUUUCAGUUUUCUAAAUCCAAGACAGACAUUUGUUGAAGUUUACUCUUGCCUAACAUCAAUAAUGCUGUGCCAAAGAGUUAUUAGAUGUGUUACUGCUCUUCACUUAACUCAAACAUAAGCAUGAAACACUGGCUGUAGGCUUAUUUAUUAUAUGGAAAAACGGAGUGGGGGUAUAUGUGUUGAUGAUAUGAUUGAUAGUCAGAUCAAACCCUGGGAGUCAUGGACAAACAUUUCAGCAACAUUUUAAAAAACAGUUGAUGAAGAGUGAGAUGUUUUAUGCCAAAUGUAUUCUGCCUUUAUAUUUCUUUUAGCUCACAGCAAAUGUAGUCCUGUCAAGUCCAGGAUGUUGUAUGACAUGUAGUGUAGUCUUGAUGAAUAAAAUUGUACUUU